AGUAGGCCUUGGCCUUGCCUUGCUUUGUAUAUAUUGGUGAGACGUGAGAGUUUAACAAAGAGAACAGAGCUGUACACAUACACGUACUUGUGAAUAAUUUUCACAGAUUUUAACUAGAAUGGCGAGUUCGAAGCUCCAAGCUCUAUGGAAUCACCCUGCUGGCCCAAAAACCAUUCAUUUUUGGGCACCAACUUUCAAGUGGGGGAUCAGCAUAGCUAAUGUUGCUGACUUUGCUAAACCGCCUGAGACGCUUUCAUAUCCCCAACAGAUAGUGGUCACGGUUACUGGAGGUAUCUGGUCAAGAUAUUCUGGUGUUAUCACUCCGAAGAACUGGAACCUUAUGACUGUAAGUGUUGCAAUGGCCGGAACAGGCGUGUAUCAACUUUCACGAAAAAUACGGCAUGAUUACUUCGACAAGAAAGAAGCUGCUGUAGAAAGAAAUUGAUGAUAAAAUUCUCAGUUUUGGCUUUCUUAAUACAAAGAUUAUGGUGUAUUGAUCUCAUCGUUUGUGACUAAAUAAUAAAAGCAAAGAACAGGCAACUAUUUGAAGUCAUGAUCAAUGCAUGCCUUUGCUUCAGGAAAUAAAUGUAUUCAGCCAUGUUUAGAAACUUCAGUCUUCUUUGAUAUGUCAUAUGUUUAAGCAGAAAACUUUUAAUUUUAAAAA